CAGGAUUGCUCUGUAUUGCUUUGGAGGCUGUCCUGGAACUCAUUCUGUAGACCAGGCUGGCCUCAAACUCAGAGAUCUGCCUGCCUCUGCCUCCUGUCCUGAGUGCUGGGACACUCCACCACCCUCUGGCUCCAUCAACUCUUCCGCACUGCUAGCACAUGCUGCUGUGCAGUGAAGGGGUUUAUCAGGCCACUUCAAUUUCAUCCUCGAACUCCCUUUCUGAUUAUCCCUACCUCCUGUUCUUUGUAGCCGCUCAUCUAAACUGUUGUAUGAAUGUUCUUGUGGUUCAGUUAUGGAACCCUUUCUCCCCUCUGUAGCUUGUUGGGCUACUUGACCUUGGAACAAUCUAGUGCUGGAGGGAUUGAGGUCUUUAGGAUGCCCUGCGUGCCACUGCUUCAGCUACUAACUGGCCUGCAAGCUGGGUGUAAAGCCAUAUCUCUGCUUCAGUUCCCAGGCUGGAUAUCCAAGUGUCAACUGAAUUCUCUUCCUAGAGUUGCUGUGUAACUAAGUGCCAAAAACUGGUUGGACUAAAGCCAGAGAUUGUCUCUUGGGUCUGUCUCAUGGUUUAAUCAAGGCGCUUGCUGCUACAGCCACUGCAAGUACUGCACAGAGGUGCUGCAAGUCUCUACAUCUGAUAACAUUUUGGGCUCAUUUAUGCAUUGUUUCAGACUCCAGAGCACACGUUAAAUCCUCUGUCCAUGUUUCCAAAUUUUCCCUUACAUGAAAACUAUAUUGGAUCAAAGCUCAUCCGGAGCAUCAUUUUGCUGCUGUAAAGUCCACCUUUCCGACCACGUGGUAGUGGCACACGCCUGUAAUUCCAGCACUUGGGAGGCAGAGGCAGGCGGAUCUCUUGAGUUUGAGACCAGCCUGGUCUACAGAGCGAGUGCAAGGACAGCCAGGAUUACACAAAGACACCUUGUCUCACCCCUCCCCCCCCAAAAAGACCCCCCCACAUUUCCAAAGGUCAUGAGUUACUGGGGGUUAACUUCAGCAUUUGUUUUUGGGAAAUAGUUGGAUCCACAAGGUGUAAAAACCUCGUUUCCCCAAGACUUAUUUACAAUACAGGAAUUUUCUUGAGGGCUUCUGUAUCUACUUGAGAUCAGUUUUUUUUUUUUUUUUUUCCCUUUCCGUAAGCCUUGCUUCUUGCUCCUGCCUAAUAAGACUCUAGGUUUCCCGCGGUCCUCCGGUUGGUAGGGGGCGCCGCAUCUCCACUGUCUUUCCGUACCGGAAGUCUCUUCCCGGAGUCGGACGUGCCAGAGGAAAGUAGGCUGCUACGCACGCGUCUUUGGGUUCUGGCUUGAUGGCGGGUAGCUGCUCGGAAACGAUGCAGGUUUUGCAGGCAGUGGAUACUGAGUUCACUGCAGACUCGGUGGAGUGGUGCCCAGUAGAGGGUUGCCAGCACCUGAUGGCAUGUGGAACCUACCAGCUGCGAACGCCCGAGGACCAGCCUACACUGAAUGUCAGCGAGCCUCAAGUUCGUUUAGGUCGUCUCUACCUGUACAGUUUCAAUGAGGACAACACGUCUAAACCUCUGGUUGAGGUCCAAAGAAGGGAUUCUUCUGCCAUCCUGGACAUGAAAUGGUGCCAUAUUCCAGUGUCUGGCCACAUACUUUUAGGCUUGGCAAAUGCCGCUGGAUCUGUAGAGCUGCUCCGCCUGAUGGAAUAUGAGAAGAACAGUUACACACUACAACCAGUAUCCAGCCUUACCCUGGAGGAGAGAUGUCUGUCCUUGUCCCUGGAUUGGUCAACCAGGAAACCUGGAAGGGCCAGAGACCAGCCCUUGAAGAUCAUUAGCAGUGAUUCUAAGGGGCAGCUGCACCUCCUGAUGCUGAAUGAGGGAGCAGCUGAUCUACAGCUAGUGGCUUCAUGGCCAGCCCAUCACUUUGAGGCGUGGAUUGCUGCUUUCAAUUACUGGCAGACAGAACUUGUGUAUUCAGGGGGAGAUGACGGUCUUCUGAGAGGCUGGGACACUAGGAUGCUUGGCACACCUGUCUUCACUAGCAAAAGACACUCCAUGGGCGUGUGCAGCAUCCAGAGCAGCCCCCACCAGGAACAUGUUCUGGCUACUGGCAGCUAUGACGAGCAUGUUCUGCUGUGGGACACUCGGAACAUAAAGCAGCCAUUGGCAGAUGUGCCAGUGCAAGGAGGCGUGUGGAGGCUCAAGUGGCACCCAGUCCACCACCACCUGCUCCUGGCGGCCUGCAUGCACAAUGGCUUCAAGAUUCUCAACUGCCAGAAGGCCAUUGAGGAGAAGCAGGAUGUGACUGUCUUAAUAUCCCAGGAAAUGCCGAACUCAUUAGUGUAUGGAGCUGACUGGUCCUGGCUUCUUUUCCAUUCCAAGAAGCUCACACCCACCAGGUCCUUGGAUCAAAAUGGCAUGGGAGCCCGAGCAGCAGACCACGACAGCCUGAAGGUUGCAGAGGAGCCACCGGCACCUUUCCAAGAACAAACAGUGGACCACCGUGUGGAAGGCCCCACUAAAACUCACAGCGGAGUUGAACUGAACACUUGUCUCCUUCCAUUAACAGAGGACAGGAAAAGCAGCAGCCAGCUACACUGCUCUUCCAGGAUCUCUGAUCUCAGCCUCUUUAGUGGAGGGAAUUUUGACAAUAGCCUUCUGGCCACCUGCUCCUUUUACGACCAUGUUCUCCACCUCUGGAGGUGGGAGACAAAGCAAGCUUGAAGCUCUUUGCAUCCAUAUUGGAUGUGACAAGCGCUGGCCUUUGAGAGUGGACUUUCUGAUUCUGUUUAGGCAGUGAAUGGGGUUUUCCAGCUCUCCAACUAAGUGUCUUGGUAUAUUUUGACUUUUAGUCCUUCAUUUGUAUUUAAGUCCUUGUUUAUAUUAAAUAAUUUUUUGAAUUUUUUUAA